AUGAGGGCAGUGGGUAUCCGGGGUGGUAAGGGCAGUGCUGAUGAUUUGUUUAUUGAGGAGAAUGUACCGGAGCCAGUUGUCAGUGGCGACCGCAUACUGGUUCGAGUAUAUUUCUUUGGCCUCAAUCGCAUGGACAUUAUGCAGCGGGAGGAUCGAUACCCGUAUCCAUUGCUACCAGAGUCCGGCAAAAUUCUAGGGGUGGAAUUCAGCGGUAUUGUUGAGGCAAAAGGACCAGACUGUAAAUCCGACUUUGAGGUUGGACAAGAGUGUUUUGGUCUGGCUUAUGGAGGCGCUUACGCCGAAAAGGUUGCCGUGUCAGAAAAAAUGCUGAUGCACAAGCCUGGAAAUAUUAGCUUCGAGCAGGCGGCUGGGUUUCCAGAGACAUUCUUCACUGCGGUCCAAGCAAUCCACCUGAUCGGCGGCUUGGAGCCUGGCCAGUCCGUCCUCAUUCAUGCGGGUUCGUCAGGGGUAGGCCAGGCUGCCAUACAGGUCGCCCGCUGUGGCGGCGCCUCCCAAAUAUUCACAACAGCCGGCAGCGAUGAAAAGUGCAACAUGUGCAAGUCACUUGGCGCAGACUUCGCUAUCAACUAUCGAACCUGUGGUGAAAACGAUUUUGCUGAGGUCAUUCAGCGUGAGACGGGAAGCAAGGGCGUCAAUCUGGUUAUAGACUUGGUGGGCCAGUCAUACUGGCAUCGUACAACAGCUGCCGCCGCCAUGGAAGGCCGUAUCGUGGUCGUUGCAACAAUGAGUGGGCCCAUCAUCGAGAAAUUCAGCAUGCGAGAUCUGAUGAACAAGCGCCUCUGGGUCAUGACAACAACAUUACGCACGCGUCCAGCCGACUAUCAGAGACAGCUUCGCGACGUGGUGGUAGAGAAGGUGUUGCAACAUUUCGUUAAUGGCGGAAUCAAGGUCACGGUUGACCAGGUGUUUCCUUGGAGUCAAGUGGGAGCGGCGCACAAGAAGAUGGAGUCGAAUACUCAUGCAGGAAAGCUGAUAUGCAGGGUCGAAUGA